AUGGCGGCGGCGCAGAGGAAACGAAGCAGGCCGUCAGAAGGUAUUUUAAAACUCUUCAGCAGAUUAACGCAAAACCAAAUAACAGCAUACGUGAAUGAACGCUCACCGAAAAAUGAUUAUGAAGUGAUAAAAAAAAUUGGUUACGAAAUUGAAGAAGAGCCCGAAGAAGAGUUUCGACCAUUUGGUCAGCUCGACAAAAAAGUUAAUAGCUACCGGUCACGGAAUACUGGAUCGGGUAAAAUGAAUGAAUCUCCAAAGAUGCAAUCCUUCAAUCGCGAUGAAAUAAGUGAAGCGCGAUAUUCAUUAAAUUCAAACUCGCGUACUUCCAAUAAUCGGCAAAUGAUUGCGACCGUUAUAUAUUUAACACUGCUUUUGGAUAAUGUACUUUUAACAGUAAUAGUGCCCAUAUUGCCGCAUUAUUUAGCAUCGAUGAACCGCAUGAAUACAUCCCAGAAUUACACUUCAUUGAUCAGAGUAGUGGCGGAAAAUGUUAAUAAACCAAACAGUGUGUUUACUGUUCAAUAUCCAACUUAUUAUCAUCGCGAAGAUACGAAUGCAACAUUAUUGCCAAUUAUGACAAAACAUCCAAUACUCGGCAAAUCGAUAAACACAAAAUUUUCACCCCUUCGCUCGGAGAAUCAUAAUGAAAUGUUCAAAUCAUUUCACAUGAAUGCGCACAAUAGAGAUAAUAGAUUCAAUGGUCCGGAAAAUAAUAAAAGUACUAAGGGAGCGUUAACAAGCUAUAAUACGAGCGUCGACGAAAUGCGUCAAGGAGAUAAUGAAGCAAGUAAGCUGAUUGGAGAGAAUAGUUCCAUCGGGAUAUUGUUAGCUAUGAAAGCUUUAUUGCAAUUAAUUUUCAAUCCAAUCGUUGGAAGCGUGUCGUGUAAAUUUGGAUAUCAUUUACCAAUUAUUGCAGGCACUAUCUGUUUAUUGAUAUCGUCGUUAGCAUUUGCGGUUGGAGUAACAUACGCCGAUUUGUUAAUAGCUCGGGCUAUACAAGGUAUAGGAUCGGCAUGCAUCAACAUUUGCGGUAUGAGCUUAAUAGCUCAGAAUUAUCCUGAAGAAGAUCGUCGUUCCAAAAUUAUGGGCAUUGUUUUGGGUAGCAUUGCUUUAGGUGUUCUGAUGGGCUAUCCAUUCGGUGGAAUAUUGUAUGACUUAUAUGGAAAGACCACUCCGCUUAUCAUACUUGCAACUGUAAUAUUUAUAUGCUUAGGAAUGCAGUUAAUAAUAAUGGAUCUCUCUACGCAAUCGGAGUCUCUGGCGAUAACGGAUAUGCAGCAUUCACAGUCAAAUUGGAAGCUUUUACUAAAGAGCAAAAUAAUUUUAGCGCUAAUCUUAGCCAUAUGGUUUUCGACUUCUGUAAUGGCUGUUCUCGAACCUUGUUUGCCUAUAUGGUUAAUGCAGCAUUUAAAACCUACAAGAUGGCAAUUGGGCACUGUUUUCAUACCCGACUCAGUUGGCUAUUUUGUAGGCACUAAUUUCUUUGGAUCGAUAGCUUACAAAUAUGGACAAGUAAAAAUCGCCUGUGUCUCCAUGAUAUUGAUAGGCAUUUCCGCUAUGUUAAUACCACGUGCCUCCUCUGUCGCCCAUCUAUUAGUGCCGCAUUUUGGACUUGGUUUGGGUAUUGGUAUAGUGGAUGCUGCUUUAGUUCCCCUCUUAGCUAAAUUUAUGGAUGACAUUCUCUUUCAUGAGGAGCCGACGUCGCUUAAUCAAGUUAAUCCGAUCUUAAGAUAUGGAAACGUAUAUGCGAUCCAGCAGACUUCUGUCAGUUUGGCUUAUUUUUUGGCACCACUAAUAGGAGGCGAAUUGGCGCAAGCAAUCGGUUUUGACUACCUCAUGCGUACUAUUGGUGCCUUUAACAUUCUAUACGGAUCGGCGUUGCUAUAUUCAUAUCAAAUGUUUGAUCCUAAGUUGUUACGUGAAAAGCAAAAUGAGAUGCUUUUAAAUGAUUCCGGAUAUGGUACUAAAUAUCGGCAACUUUACGAUACUCUUGAAUUGAAAUAGUUUAGCAUUAGACGUAUUUUCUCAGUAUGCACUUAAUUAUAGAUGUUUCUCACGCCUAUUCGCCUGUUCGCUGAGGGUUUGACCUGCGAUAACUUAUUGUGUGGAUGAUUUAAAUUCGUAUCAGUUGCUUUUAAAGGAACUUAGUUUAUUGGCGCAAUAAAUAGAGGCCUCAAAUUCUGUUAAAUAAGACAAUGAAAGGAUAAUUGUCUACAGGAACAAAUUUAAUCUUAGACUAAUUCGGUAUUUACUUAAUCUGUACGUUGCUGAUACCUCAGGACCGAAAGAGCGUAAUAUGAAGCUCACGACAAUGAUUAGUUAGUUACUAGUGAGGAUAAACAUAAGAAAAAUAUACAUUUUUUAUUAAUGUAUUUUGAAAGAAACGGGCGAAACCAUUGUUGACUCUUUUGUACGCGGGAAACAGUAUAUAUGUUUUUUUGGAGGGGAGGGGGAAAAUUUCGAAAUUCUUACCCCCUAAUGGAUUUUGAGCCAUUUGUAUGCGACUAACAUGACCAGGAAAA